AUGUCUCAUUUUAUGCAGUCUUUCAAAAUUGAGCGUGGUAGAUUGCUGAUGGCUGUCAUGAAGUCAAUAUUAAAGAUAACACAUGUGAUUUUUGAUUUGGAUGGCUUAUUGAUCGAUACUGAAGUAGUAUUCUCGAAGGUAAACCAGUGUUUAUUGUCGAAAUAUAAUAAGGAAUUCACUUCGCAUUUGAGAGGUUUGGUGACGGGAAUGCCUAAGAAAGCCGCUGUAACAUACAUACUUGAACACGAAAAACUGUCCGGGAAAGUUGACGUUGACGAAUACUGUAGAAAGUAUGAUGAAAUGGCCGAAGAAAUGUUACCGAAAUGUUCAUUAAUGCCUGGCGUGUUGAAGCUUAUACGGCAUUUAAAGGCUCACAGUAUACCUAUGGCUAUAUGUACUGGUUCAACCAAAAAAGAAUUUGAGCUCAAAACUCAGUAUCAUAAGGAGCUUUUGGAUUUGAUAUCUUUGAGGGUUUUAUCGGGUGAUGAUCCUGCCGUCAAACGAGGGAAACCGGCUCCAGAUCCCUUUCUGGUAACAAUGGCUAGGUUCGAAGAGAAACCUGAGAAAGCUGAAAAUGUUCUCGUUUUCGAAGAUGCAACUAAUGGAGUAUAUGCAGCAGUAGCAGCUGGCAUGAAUGUUGUUAUGAUUUUUUCUUGCAACUUCACAAAAUGCAGGUAUUCAAACUAUUGUGGUUAUCGGUGGAUUUUUCUAGAAUUAUAUGUUCCCAUGAAUGCUAUUAGAUAUUCAUAUUGUAUUCGAUAUUGCGAUGCUGAAUACAUUCUACAUUCUCUGAUGUUACAGCAGAAGUUAGAAGUCGUGAAGUAA